AUGUCGGAAAGAAAGGCAAUCAAUAAGUACUAUCCGCCGGACUGGGAUCCGUCGAAGGUUCCAAAGAAAAAGAAAAACACAAACCCCAAUGCAGAGAAGGUGCGCCUUAUGGUGCCUUUCUCUAUGAAAUGCUUGCAGUGCCUGGAGUACAUCUCAUCAAGACGCAAAUUCAAUGCCCGCAAGGAAAUCACCAACGAGAAGUACAUGGGGAUUAAAAUCAUAAAAUUUCAUAUCAAAUGCCCGCGAUGUAACUUCUCGCUACUGUUUCAAACAGACCCGAAGUCUGCCGGGUUCAUCCCAGUGGCUGGGUGCACGCGAAACUACGAGUCCUUAUCUACUACUGAAGCCAUAAAACCUCUUGAAACCGAGGACGAGAUUUUGGAACGGCUCGAGCGGCAGGAGAAAGAAGAUCAGCAGUUUCAGGAACAGCAACAGAAGCGAAAGAAUAAUCCGUUCUGGCUGCGCCAGACACUGGACUCAUCGAAGGACAUCAUGUCAAACCUCGAAGACAAGUUGAUCGAACAGAAACGCGAGCAAGAGGUCCAUGAUCAUCUUCUAUAUCUACAAGCAAAGGCCAACAAACUUCAACAAUCUGGCGGUGAAGACUAUCUUGUUAAUCAUGCACAACAGAAGCUUCGGGUAGAUUCGAAACGUGAUAGAGAA